AUGCGGGGCAAAACCGGACAGCAACAGAGACGGCAGUUUUUGAAGACGGCGCUUGCCUGCAGCAGCGCAUUCGCGCUUUCAGGCUGCCUCGGAUCUUCACUCGGCUCGCUGCCGGGCGAUCAGGUGCAACCUACCGCCCAGCCCCAGACGACAGGUGAGGUCAUCGGGACCGGCAGUGUGCGGGUCGGUCUGCUGUUGCCCCUGGCCGCCAGUGGUGGCAAUGCAUCCAUCGGCACCGUUUUCAAAAACGCCGCCGCGCUUGCACUGCAGAAUUUUCCGAAUGCGGACGUCCAGCUUCUGGUGAAGGACACCGGAGGGACGGCCGAAGGCGGGCGAAGUGCCGCUCAGUCGGCAAUCUCGGAAGGCGCCGAACUGAUCCUUGGACCUGUCUUCGCACCGGCAGUUUCCGGCGCUGCAGCCGCAGCACGGGCCACUGGUGUCCCGGUCAUCGCGUUUUCAACCGACACGUCCGUCGCGGCACGCGGUGUCUAUCUUCUGAGUUUUCUUCCCGAAUCCGAUGUCAAGCGGAUCAUCGGCUAUGCCAACAGUCAGCAGAAACGCUCCUACGCCGCACUCAUACCGGAUGGUUCCUACGGGGCUGUCGUUGAAGCCGCCUUCCGACAGGAAGUCGGAAAGGGUGCAGGCAGGAUCGCGACCAUCCAACGUUACAAGAUGUCGGGCUCGGACACGUCGGAUCUGGUUGCCAAGACCGCUGCACUCAAGUCGGUCACGAACAACAUCGAUGCCUUGUUCGUGCCGGCCGGCGGCGGCGUUCCUCCUCUUGUCGUACAAACUCUCGUCAGCCAGGGUGCAAAUCUCGGGAACAUCAAGAUCCUGGGAUCCGGUCAGUGGGAUUCCGCGCAGGUCAAGAACAACUCCGUGCUGGCGGGCGCGUGGUUUGCCGGCCCUGAGGACAAGGGGUUCCAGGGAUUUGCAAGACGCUAUCAGAGCACGUACGGAGCGACCCCGCCUCGCAAUGCCAGUCUUGUCUAUGACGGCGUUACACUUGCCGCCGGCCUGAUCCGCUCCGCUGGUCCGCAACGCUUCCAGCAGAGCAUCAUGACGAACCGCGACGGAUUUAUCGGGAUCGACGGCCUGUUCCGUUUCAAGUCGAACGGAUUAAACGAACGUGGGCUCGCGGUAUAUCAGAUUACCGGGCGGGGCACCGAAGUGAUUUCACCGGCGCCCAGGGAUUUCCGGACCGGUUUCUGA